AUCUGUCUUUCAUGCUGAACCAGAAGCACACACACAUUUUACCUCUUCCUCCCUCUCUCUAUCUGAGUGUUUGUGUACCUUUGCUCUGGUGCUUUUUCCCACUACUCCUCCCAGUGUGUGUGGUGUGUGUGGAGAGAGGACCUGUGUGUUUCACUGGAAUCCUGUCUUUCUCUGGCUGGCCUGCCACGUCAAAUGACAGUCUGGAGCCCCGUGUCCUCAGGGAGCUGUGUGACCGAACAGCCUGGCUGCGGUCUCUAGUCUGGGGGUCUGUACAGGAACAGGACUGGCUCUUACUGAGGUCUGAGGAGGACAACACUGAUCUCAACUGAACUGGAGUAGCCAUUGAGGAGAUACUACUGCUCUGGAGGAAUCUUAUGGGAGACCCUGCUUCUUGAAUCCUGGGGAAUCCUCCCAGUGCUUUUUUUUAGUCUGUUUUACUGUGAACCGUUGGUUGGUUUGGAUAUGAAUGGUUUUCUGUACAGGGGCAGGCACUACGCUGGUGAUCGGCAGGCCCGGACCAAGAGUAUAGGACACAUGACUGAUUUCUUGUGUAAUGAGACAGAGAACGACCCUCCUCCUCCUCUCCAGACCCACAGCCUCAGAGAGUUUGAACAGCACCUGAAAGACCUGAAGAAGGAGAACUUCAGCCUGAAGCUGAGGAUCUACUUCCUGGAGGAGAGGAUCCAGCAGAAAUACGAGAACAGCAGUAACGAUGUCCACAAGAGGAACAUUGAAUUGAAGGUAGAAGUGGAGAGCUUGAAGCAGGAGCUCCAGGAGAAACAGGAGAUUCUGGACAAGGCCCCGACGGCGGCGGCGAGCCUGACCAAUCAGAAUGAGGAGGAGCUGCAGCGUCACUGUGAGGAGCGGCAGCAGGAGAUCAGCCACAUUCAGGAGAUCCUCGAGACCAAGGUCGAGCUGCUGCAGGAGGAGGCCCAGUUAGCGCGGGGCGAGGCUGAGAAGAUUGCCUCUCUGGCAGAGGCUGAGUCCCAGUGCUGCUUGGCCCUGGAGAGAGAGAUGAUGAUGAAGAUGGAGGAGGAAGAGGAGAAGUGUGAGGGCGGGUCACUGGGAUCCAGGCUGCAGCAGGGGGCCCUGGCAGAGAAGGACAGAGUAAUAGAGGACCUGACUGAGGAGAGGAGGUUGCUGAGCCACCGGGUCGGAGAGCUGGAGGUCAGAGUUCACGACCUCAUGGCUUCCCUCCAGAAGAAAGACAGGGAUGCAGAGUUGCUGCGGAGUGAGAUGGGUCGAGAGAAGAGUUGUAUCCAGCCAGAGAUGCAGAAGCUGCUAGAUGAACAGCAAGGCCAGCUUCGUCAGUAUGAGACUGCUGCAAGUCAGUGUGUUACUGAGCUCCAGAAGGCCCAGCUCCAGGUCCACUCUCUACAGGACAAGAUCAGAGAGAGCGAGGACAGGAACCAGAAGCUGCAGGUGCGACGCGGGGACAUGGAGUGUGAGCUGCGCCUGGUCAGAGAGAAGGCCCAGGGACAGGAACGGAACGUCCUCAACCUCACCGACACUGUCAACAGCAAGGAGACUGAGGCAGCAGAGUUGUACCGGGUCAUAGAGGAACAGAAUAACUUGCUGUGUUCUUUGAAAGAGCUGGCCAACAGAACCCAGCUCCAGACACUACAGGUGUCUGGGGCGGAGUUAGUGCGAGGGCAGGGGGAGGUGCUGGACCUCCAGGGCUCUCUGUUCCAGGCCCAGCUGGAGCUGCAGGAAGGCCAGAGAGCCCAGCGUCAGGCCACCAGGAGGGAGGAGGACCUCACCAGAGCCCUGCACCGCCUGGAGAAAGACCUACAGGGAGUCAUGGAGCACAGACACAGUACUGAGAGACACAACCAGGACUUGCAUCUGGUGCUUGAAAAAGCUCGGUCAGAGCUGCAGCGGAAAGAGGAACAGCUGAAAGAGAAGAAGGGAGAGAGACGGAGAGAGGAGGAGGAGAGGGAGAAGAGCAUCCGAGAGCUGAGGACCUCACUACAGACCAAAGAGCAGCUGGUGCAGGAGUACUCCGAGUUGUUGGACCAACAGCAGGAGCCCAGGGAGAAGAGGGACACUCUCCUCACCAAACUGAAAGAUCGCAUCAAGGACAGGGACAGAGCACUGGAGCGAGCGGUGGAUGAGAAGUUCCGACGCGUGGAGGAGAAGGAGGGAGAGAUGCGUCGGCUACAGCUUCUUCUCAGAGAGAAAGAGAGAGACCUGGAGAGACAACACUGUGUACUGUCCAACAACGAAGAGACCAUCACGAGCCUGGAAGUGCUGGUACGUGGGAAGGGUUUGCAGCUGGAGCAGGUGUGUGAGGCAUGGAGGAGUGUACAGUGCCACCACGAGGACAGGGAGGAGAGACACAGCCGCAGCCUGAGAGAGAGAGACACCCUCAUCAGCCAGCUACAGAACGCCCUGCACACACGUACCAAUGAGGCUGAGGACCUGACUGGAGCCCUGCUAGAUAAGGUGAAGGCAGGUCCCAGUGAGGUGGUGGAUGAGCUGAAGGCUCGCCUCUCUCUGAAGGAGAAACUGAUCCAGGAACUGCUGUCCGACCGCAGCCGCCAGGCCCAGGAGCACCACUCACAGGUCCAGGACCUGCUCAACACCAUCGGUACCAGAGACCAGUACAUCCAGGAAUCGGCAGGUCGUCUGAGUGAGGUGAUGAGUGAGCAGACUCUACGUCUCCAGGAGCUCCGCAGACAGCUAACCUCUUGCUCCCUGGCCUACGGGUCCCAGCUAGGCCUCCGGGGUCCAGACUUCCAGGGGACCAGCCAGGACCUCCGGGCCUUGCAGGAGGAACUGCGUCUGGCUCUGCGGAGGGAGGCCCAGGCUGAGCUCACAGCCCUCAGGACCCAGGGCACUGCCAGGCCAGCUGACAGGCAGGCAGAGUUUGAGGGUGGGCACCCGAGGAGCAUGGGACUCUGUCUGCAGUGGCACCUUCUGUCUGCAGUGGCACCUUUUUUGGUUCUCUUUCUAGAAUUCAGCUCAGAGGACAACGAUAAUGUUGAGGUCAACAGUAACUAUGCAGACUGCAAGGAGGAAGAGGACUCCAAACUGGCAGCUCGAACCCUAGCCACCAUGCAGAACUCUGGAGGACCUGGGAAGGGGAAGCUGUCCCAAGAGGCAGUGGGAGACGCCCAGGGGCUGGUGGAGGUGAAGCAGCUAGUGCAACAGAAGAGGGUGGUGGAGAGAGAGCUGCAGGAGCUCAAGGAUCAGCUGGAGAAGUCUGGCUUCUCCCUGACCAGGAUGAGGAAAGCCCUCUUCAGCCUACGCAUGGAGAACACGGAGUUGAAGUCUCACCAGACAGAGAGACGGUCAGAGACGGACCCCAGGGAUGAGCAGGGAUUCCUGGAAGAAGGGGCGGAUGAAGAAAAGCUGGAUGUGGAGGAGGAGGACGAGCAGCUGUGUGGGGUGGAUCUAUCUGGUGGCUGGGAGGAUGACCGUCUGUCCCAGGGGAAGCGCUGUGCCCCCAGGCCCACCUUGAGAGACCCUGGCCUGGGGAAGAGACACUGCACUAGGCCUGUCUCUCUGCACAUGGGAGACCUGCUGUCCCACUCCACAAAGGAAGGGGAAGACAUCACACCAAAUUAUACUCUAGUAACGCGUGCUACUGUAUGUAUGGACGAUGAUGUGGAGGAGGCAGGAGGAGGAGAAGCUGGAGACAGGAAGCAGAGCCCCACAGAAACAGUGAUGGUUGAGAAUGCUGUGCGGCUCCGGCUGAAGAGCAAAGAGCUGCAGGAGAGACUCAUGGUUUCUGAGGCCACCGUGGAGGCUCAGGCGGAGCAGCUCAGAGACUACAGAGAUCUACCGAUGGAGACGUCUGUGCAGCAGGACAGUAAGCAGGUCCAGGUGGAUCUACAGGACAUGGGCUAUGAGACGUGUGGUCGCAGUGAGAACGAGGCUGAGAGGGAGGAGACCAGCAGCCCAGAGUUUGACGAUCUGGAGAUGUGUACUUCUCUGGAAUGCGGCGGCUCCCAGUGGUGGUCAGGCGUUGUGCCUCCUGGGAAGGCCGGUCCUCCAACAUCAACCUCGAAGGCCGAUGACAUCACAUCUCUCCAGCGAUUGGUUGAGGACCUGCGCUCGCAACUCUCCCGCUCCCAGACGGUGAUCCGGAGCCUCCAGGGCCGCCUGCACUCCCUCUCCACAUCCAGUGACCCCUUCGGCCACUCCAACGGCCCGUCCACCCCCCGCAAGGUCAAUUGGGCCAUCCAGUUCCAGUCCUCGCCCUCCCAGAGCGGCCUGGAUGAGGACGAGGGCUGGGAGUCGUCUGGUGGGGGUCUAGGGCCCUCCCCACAUCACCCCAAACCCGACAAGGAUCUCCAGGAGCUGGUGUUUCGCGUGGGAGCCCUGGAGGACCAGCUGAGGAAGGGCAAAGGGACCCAAGCAGAGACUCCAGGGCUCCCUGCAGAGGGAAAGGCUUCCAUCUGGCCUGGGCCUGGGAAGUUUGAUACCCUAAUACAGGCGCAGGCCCGUGAGCUGUCGCACCUGCGCCAGAGGAUGCGAGAGGGGCGUGGCGUGUGCCACAUCCUGACCCAGCACCUGGGCGACACCACCAAGGGCUUUGAGGAGCUGCUGCGUGCCAAUGACAUUGACUACUACAUGGGCCAGAGUUUCAGAGAGCAGCUGGCGCAGAGCAGCGCCCUGGCACAGCGAGUCAGCACCAAGAUUAGCGGACGUGAGUGGAGAGGGGAUCAUCCAGAGAUGCAUGAUGACAAGACUGGCACAGAGCUGCUCGCCAUACGGCUGAGUAAGGAGCUCCAACAAAAGGACAAGGUCAUUGAGUCUCUCCAAGCCGAACUCAACCAGCGCCAGCCGCGCUCUGACACACCCUGCAGUAGCCAUGCCCUCUCUGACACCACCGACCAAUCAGACCGCAUCUCAUUUGUGUCUGAUGAUCAGGGCUCCACCAAUGAGGAGCUGGAGCUGUGCUCGGACAUAGACGCAGCCAGCGAGUAUAGCCCGGAGGACAGACGUGCCUCCCCUGGAGCCAGUACAGAUUCCCACUGUAACAGUGUGCCCAUGUCACGCCACCCCUCCACCCCUCCACCCAACACUUCAUCCCACAGACACCAGUCCUCCAUCAGCUGUCUCAGCAUGCAGCCGCCAGGGGACACACAGACACAGACAGGCCUCUACAGUGGGCCAGUGUCCCGUUCCCUCCCCACCCCUCCCCAGCCCCAACCCCAGCCUCUCUACCACCCAGACCUCUCCUCUCAGAGAGCCCCUCUGCUCUUUGACCCCUACACGGGCACCCUGCGACCCCAUUACCAUGGCAGCGGGCCCGUGGGCUUCUCCCUGGCAGAGGUUCACCGGGAGCUGCAGAUGUUACAGAGACAGCUGGGAGAUACUGAGCGUUUUUCAGUUCCUUCUGCCAAGCCGUUUGUUGGCUUCCAGAUGUCGGCAGAUCCCUCCAGUUACCUGCCCCAGCCUCUGUCCUACCACCCCUUCCACCCGUCUCCUCACAGUGGCCCCAUGAAGGCGGGCACCGGCCUCCUGGAGAACAGUGCAAUGUGGGAUAUGGCUUACGGUGCUCAGCCAAUUAGAAUUGGCGCUGCUGAUUUGUCAUCAGGGUCGUCAGGAUACCAGUCUGGCACCAGCCAUACAGGUUCUGACCUAUUGAAGGAGCAGCUGAGGGAGAUCAGGAGUCUACGUCAACGCCUGGAGGAUUCCAUCCAGACCAAUGACCGCCUCCGACAGCAGCUGGAGGAGGGACUGGUCAACCAAGCCAGAGACAAAGGUGCCCCCACCAACAUCUACAUCCAGGGCUUGGACUCUGUCAGCCAGCUUUCCGGUGAGAUCAGAGCUCUGAAAGAGGAGAACCUCAGCCUGCAGGACCGACUCCAACAGGCCAGCAGAGAUAGCAGUAAGGAGGCGGAACAACUGCGGGAGGCGUUGCUGUUGGGGCGUGCCCGUGUGAAGGAGGCAGAGUUAGAGACCGAGCGGUGGGCAGAGCUGGGCAGGAAACUGCAGAAGCAGACAAAGGCUCAGACUCUGGAGAACACCCAGCUGAAACAGGACAGGCAGAACAACCAGGAGGCCAUCAAAAGAUUGCAGCACGAGGUGAAUGUCUUUGAGCAGCAGGUGUGUGAGAGCCGUGGCCUUAUCCACUCUCUACAGUAUAAGCUCCAGAUGUACCACAGAGUGUGUGGCGUCACCAAGAAUACACAUACAGGUGAGGGGUCACACUCAGGGGAGUCUGCGCCCUUUGACCCCAGGGACCUGCAUGUUCAGCUGGGGCAGCAGUUGACCUCUGCGAAAUGCCCUCCUGCAGCGAAGAGACAGCUCUUCCACGACCCUGCUCUCUCUCCCCCUGCCCGAGAGACUGGACUCUUCAGCCCAGCUUCCCCUCUCUCCCCCACACUGGAUCCCCAGGAGACUGACUCUUCUCUGGAGGGCCAAGCCCCAGACGGCUCUUUUACAAACCGUAAUGGCCGCCAUGCUGUAGGGCAUGUUGAUGACUUCCAUGCCCUACAGCAGCAGAUGCUGGAGGGACACGUCCUCAUCGGCAAGAUGGAGGCUGCCCUCCAGGCCACUGCCAACCACGCUCUCCUGGAGCUCAGCCUGGAUAAGCCUGCGGAUCCUGGCUUCGCGAGUAGACUGCUGACCAGCACUAAGACCCUGCGGCAGAUCCUUGAGGAAGCCAACUCCUUGCUCAGAAUGUUCUGGAGGGCAGCCCUGCCCAGUUGUGAGGGGUACCCUCAGAGCACCAAGGAGCUGUCUCUAAAGGAUGAGGUCCACACGCUCCGUCAGCGGAUUUCACAGCAGGAGGAGGCUCUACGGGACGCCAUGGAGACCCUGAAGAGCUCCAACCGCACCAAAGACAGCAUGGAACACUUCAUCGUCAGCCAACUGUCGACAACAAAGGAUGUCUUGAAGAAGGCACGGAGAAAUUUAGAGGUGAAAUCCCAAGAGGCUUCUGUGAGCUCACCCAUUCUGCUGGUUCGGGUGUUGUGAAGCAACAGAUAAAGGCUCCAUCACCCAGAACUCCUACCGUGGCCCAGUAAUACCCAGGGUCUGACCCAGGGGGUUAACAGACUGCACCCCCCACAGCCAGCCUCUUUGUGAUGCACAAGCUUCAGCGUCCUCCUAAUACUGGGAGACAGGACAGGACUCUUCCUGUUUUAAAGGAAACACAGUGCAUAACAGGUCUCUGGUUAAAUAGGGGGGACACUACAGUUGACGGGAGACAGUCUGAUAGUCAGUAGAGGUUCAACCAGGUGUUCUCUGUGAUGUUUAUGAAUGUCGGCGUCUGUCUAUCUCAGGUGUUAUGUAUAGCUAUUGUAGGUGCUAUGAAGGUUUCUCAACUGAAGUGUUCCCCCUAUUUGACCUGAUAUACAGUACUAGUCAAAAGUUUGGACACACCUACUCAUUCAAAGGUUUUCUUUAUUUGUACUGUUUUCUAAUUUUGAGAUAAUAGUGAAGACAUCAAAACUAUGAAAUAACACAUAUGGAAUC